UUGCUACCGUAGGUAGGAAAGCGAACAGUAAGGAAAAUUGAAAGGGUCUGCAAUGUGAUUAAGUAGGUCAAGCACACGUCAGAACGCUGAAGAUCUAAAACAAAAACGGAAUUUGAUGAAGAAAUUCAACAGCAUCUGUAGAGAUCAAACAUUUUAAGUCCAGUGACCAUUCUUUGGAAGGGCCUCCAAGAUACAGAGAUUUUGUUUACGCUGCGGAUGUGCAAUCUUUGAGACUAUUUAGAGAUUGAAAGAUUUCUGAUCACAAAUUACAGAAAUGUUCAUGGUGUCCCCAGUUCUAGUCUCUCCCACAGAUGGAAGUAUCUUUCAGUAUCCAUCCCACCAAGUCACCUCAGGACGUCAUAAAUUUCAUAGAACAUAGAACAUUACAGCACAGUACAAGCCCUUCGGCCCUCGAUGUUGUGCCGACCUGUCAUACCAAUCUGAAGCCCAUCUAACCUAAUGUGAGAGAUUAAACGCCUUGUUUCUGCAGGAAGAAGGGUCUGUUGACCCAGACACCUCCACUUGAGUUCGCAGUACAUCGGAUACGACCAGGUGAUUGGGUCAUGAUCAAAACCUGGAAAGAUACCAAACUGCACCCAAGCUGGGAGGGACCGUUCCUAACCCUCCUGACUACUGAAACAGCCAUCCGUACUGCUGAAAAAGGUUGGAGUCAUCACACUCGUGUUAAGGGUCCGGUGGACGCUCCUUCCCCUCCGGCCGAGUGGCAAACUCAUCCUACAGACAACCCUCUGAAAGUCAAGCUGAGCAAAAAAAGAAUGAACUGAACUGAUACGAAAGACUAUCAAGUAUUGAACACCAGUUUUUAAUGGUAAUGUUGUCACCCAGCACCCAUUCAAAACGAGAAUGUGCUCCACAUUCAAUAGCGGAGAUUAUUACGCAGGCGCAGUGACUGGGGGGAGAUUAGAACAUGCGCAGUGUCAACCUGGGCAAGGUCGGAGUCGGAUGACGGGGAAAGCAGCAAGAGACAAACGACACGGAGUGACUGAGGGAAUGAAGAGAAACGGAGCCUGCGGAGGAGAUGGAAGCCUUCGUGGACACCCGGUAUACUGCCAGCCCUGCUGAGUUUCUUAAGGAUCCUCUGUGCUUUGUGUCAGAACAAAUAUGAGUCAGACAAAGAAAUUGGAAUUACAGGAUUACAGUUUCACAGGGUAUUAGAAGGGAAGGAUUUGCUGCCAAGAAACUGACACCAAACAUCCCAUCAGGACCUGACACUUUCCCCGUUUAACACAACCUGAAGAGCAUCAAAUUUUGAUCAUGGAAGCAAAAGGAUUCCAGACACACUGAACAGAACCUGUAUGUGUCCUGUUUGUGAACAAGGGAGAAGCCAGGGAAAUGUAGAGAGUGUGGGAUUGGAUUCAUAUUCCCAUCUGAGCUGGAAGCACAUCAGCAGAGUCACACUGAGGAGGGACUGUUCAACUGCUCCACGUGUGGGAAGGGAUUCAACAUUUCUUGCACCAUGCUGACACACCAGCAUGGUCACACUGACAAGACAUCUUUUAAAUGCUUGAAUUGUGGGAACUACUGUAAAAGUUCAGAAGAACUGCUGUCCCACCAACAUGCUCACACUGAUGAGAGACCAUUUAAGUGCUCGGAUUGUGGGAACUGCUAUAAAAGUUCAGGGGAACAGCUGUCCCACCAGUGCAUUCACACAGAUGACAAACCAUUCAGGUGCUCUCACUGCGGGAAAGGGUUUAGGUGUUCAUCGAAGCUCACUGUUCACCAGCGACUUCACACCGGAGAGAGACCGUUCACCUGCCCUGAGUGUGGAAAGGGAUUCACCCAGUCAUUCAGGUUGCUGAGACACCAGCGGAUUCACUCUGAGGAGAAACCAUUUCAGUGUCCAGACUGUGGACAGUGCUAUCGAAGCUCUGAGGAACUGGUGUCCCACCAAUAUGUUCACACCAAUGAGAGACCCUUCAGAUGCUCUCUCUGUGGGACUGGGUUCAAACGAGGAACUGACCUUAAUAAACACCAGCGUGUUCAUACUGGGGAGAAGCCAUUCCGCUGUUCAGAGUGUGGGAAGGGUUUUAUUAGAUCAUCCCAACUGUUGACACAUCAGCAAGUUCACACUGGGGAGAAACCGUUUAAAUGUACAGACUGUGGGAAAUGCUGCAAAACUUCUGGUGAACUGAUUUCCCAUCAAAUUCUUCACACUGACGAGAAGCCGUUCAAGUGCUCUCACUGUGGGUCUCAUUUCAGGCGAUCAUUUGAACUCACUGUACAUCAGCGAGUUCACACUGGGGAGAGGCCGUUCAUCUGCUCUGAAUGUGGGAAGGGAUUCACGCAGUCAUCCAAGCUGGCGAAACAUCAGCGAUUUCACAGGGGAGAGAAACCGUUCCGAUGUUCUGAGUGUGGGAUGGCAUUCUCUGAGUCAUCCAAGCUGGUGAAACAUCAGCGAUUUCACACUGGGGACAGGCCAUUCAGAUGUUGCGAGUGUGGGAAAGGAUUCACUGACUCAUCCGACCUGCAGAAACAUAAGCGAAUUCAUACGGGGGAGAGGCCAUUCACUUGUGCUAAAUGUGGGAAGGGAUUCAUUGAUAGUUCUCAUCUGCUGAGACACCAGCGGGCUCACACCGAUGAGAGACCAUUUCAAUGCCCAGAGUGUGGGAAGUGGUAUAAAAGUUCUGAGGACUUGAUCCGUCAUCAACGUGCGCACAGUGACGAGAGACCGUUCAGGUGCUCUCACUGCAGCUCUGGCUUCAAGACAUCGUCUGAACUUGUCAGACACAAGCGCUGUCACACUGGAGAGAGGCCGUAUACUUGUUCCGAGUGUGGGAAGAGAUUUACUCAGUCAGCUAGCCUGCGGAAACAUCAACGAAGUCACCAGGAACGAUCGUGAUUAGAUAUUGUCGUCGAUCACAUCUAGGAGUGAACCCUGUUCAGUGGCUUCUGUUUUGAAUAAUUCUCAUGAACGUUCGCCAGGUUUUACAACUUAUAAUAUGUGUCACAGGAGUCAAAUAAAUCAGUUUGGUGUUCAACA